AUGGAAAUUGGCAUUAUCGGCGCAGGAGUCAUCGGGCUCACAUCAGCCUUGGCGCUUGCCGAGGCAGGGUAUUCAGUGACUAUCGUUGCGCGAGAGCUACCGGGUGACAAUUCUCAAAACUGGGCGAGUCCUUGGGCCGGUGCGGGUAUACUGCCCCAUCCCGAUAGCGAAGGCCACGAACUCCAGGCCGAGUCGUUCAAGUAUUACUGGGCACUGGCCCAUCGAGACCCAACAAGUGGCGUACAGGUAGUAGAUGUGAUCGAAUACUACGACGAUCGGACCGAUGACUCGACCAUCUGGUACAAGCGACUAGUACCCAAGUACCGGCGUCUUCCUACAACGGAUCUUCCGGCGGGUGCGAAGAUCGGAUUCACAUACCAGUCGAUGACAGUGAAUCCGGCCGCGUUCCUCCCGUGGAUCAAGCGUCUCCUCGACUCCAAGGGGGUUCGGUUCGUCCGUGCCGAGGUCAGGUCCAUCACUGAGGCACAGCGGAUGCUUGGGACCAAGGUCAUCGUGAAUGCCUCUGGCGUGGGCGCAUUGGAUCUGGCUGGUGACAAGGAAGUAGUCGCCGUGAGGGGACAGACGAUGUUGGUACCAAGUGAAUCGCAUGAAAUGAUCAUGUUUCAAGGCUCGCAUUAUACCUACCAGAUUCCUCGAAUGUACAGUGGAGGCGUCAUCAUUGGCGGAGUCAGCCAAGAGGGGAACUACGAUCGGACAGUGACGCCUGAACUACGGACGGACAUUCUGCGACGAGUCAAUCUCAUCACCAAAGAUCGCUUCCAAUCGGUCGAUGUUGACAGGAACGUCAUACAGGAUUUAGUGGGGUUCAGACCUGGCCGAAAGGGAGGGUAUCGCCUGGAAAGGGAGGGCGAUGUCAUUCACGCCUAUGGGUUCAACACUUUGGGGUAUACGUACAGCUAUGGAGUCGCACUGAAGGUGCUGGAGCUAGUGCAGCAGAGGAGCAGUUUCAAGAGCAACCUAUGA